UUUUGAUCUCCCGGUUUCUGCUUUUUCCUUGGAAACGGUUGCCGGAGGUUCGUCUGAACUUCCUUUGCGGUUGGAUAUGAUGGUAGGUGGUGGCAGAGCAUCCAAAAAGCAGAUCAUAGAUACCGAAGACAAGGGACUCCCUUCAUCUGCAUAUGAAGUCCUUUCCUACGACGACCUUUUGAUUGAAAUCUUACUCCGAUUACCGGCGAUCUCACUUCAUCUGUUCAAAUCUGUAUCCAAACGCUGGUUAUCUCUCAUAACAGAUCCUAAUUUCACUCUUCGCCGGAGCCAAAUCACUAACAUCGAUCCCCCUUCCGGUCUUUUUCUCCAGCGACCUUAUGUUCCAUAUGAUUAUGAGUUCGUGCCAUUCGAUAUCAGAAUUCCGUCCAACAGAUCUCCAAUCAACACUACUUUAGCUUUCGGCCCUGACGCAGGUAAUUUUGAGAUCUUACAGUCCUGCAAUGGUUUGCUUCUCUGUUAUAUCGUGCCUGAUAAGUUCUACGUAUACAAUCCAUUCAUUAAUCUGUCUAAGAUGCUUCCACAACACCGUUUUACGAAUUUGAUUGGUCUUAUUGGCGGUAUGAAACUCGCUUUUGAUCCUAUCAAAUCACCUCACUACACAGUCGUGUGUGCUGAAGACAUACAUGAUGAUCGUGGAUAUUUCAUUCAAAUACAGACUUACUCUUCAGAAACAGGAAACUGGAGUGUUUGUGGUGAUCGAUUUCCCCUCCAAUGUUUCACAGGGUUUCACCAUGGGAUAUAUUGGAAUAAUGCCAUUCAUUGGCUAGAUUUUGUGAAUGGCGGUUUGCAUUUCAAGUUAGAUAUAGAGCAUCCAUUGUUAACACGCGUACAAACUCCUGGAACAUUGGAUAGGAAGCUGCAUUAUGUUCACAAGUUGUUAGAAUCUCGUGGUCGUUUGCUUCUAGUAUAUCCAGUUCUGGAUUCCCGACAGUUGAAAGUUUACGAGAUGAGGAAUGAGUAUUCUGGGUGGUUGGUUAAGUACAUUGUUAAUCUUGAUGACAUGGGGAAGCUAUUUCCCAAAACUUGGCUGAUCUCUGCCAAGCGGUUCUGUAUCAUUGUACGGUCUGUUGUAGUGGGAGAAAGAGAAGAGGAUUCGUAUGUUGUGAUGGAAGUAUCUGGGAAGCUUAUACAAUAUCAUAUCGUCUUAAAGACUCUUCGUAUGAUUUAUGGUUUGGCAUCAACUUGCCCUCCGGUUUCUGAAGCUAAGAAAUUUGGUAGUUUUCAGUUCAUUGCAUCUUUUGCUGGUGUGUGAUUCUGCUUUCAGUUUUCAGGUUGGGUUUCGAUGAGAAUGAAAGUUAUGGUAAGCAGAAUAAGAAGGGAUUUCCACCAUUGGAUCAAUCUUGAUUGAAGAUUAACAUUAAUCCGUGCAUCGAGAUAUACCAGAUCAAUUCCCAUGAUAAACGCAAUUCAUGGGAUGGGGGUGAGAUUAAAAGUAAUCAAGGGUCCACAUCUCUUGUUAAGCUUCUCACUUUCACUCAUUCUCACAAGAUCCUUCGUCUAUGCGUGU